GCACUUCGGGACGCAGGAUGAAACCACUUGGCUCAUGUGAUCGCUGAUGGACCGGGGAGAACGACCGGCGGCUGGGACGGGCCCGCCCCGCGACGCGCUCCGGUGAUUGGAGAUCGGGAGUUUGACAAGCUUGUUAAUUCCGCCCAUCAACACGACACGCCUCCUCUCUGCCUCACGAGCAUGUCUGGAAACUACAAAUGGGGAGUGAAGAGUUAGAAAAGUUGUGCGGAUGAGCUGUUUCUCAUCUCCAAGGAGCAGAGGACACCGGGAGGAACUGUUCAUGACUUAAUGGCGGAGGAACUACUGAUAGAAGACGAUGGGAAGCCCUCCACGCACCUUACGAAGCCUCUGCUGGCGGUGGCUUUCUUGGCGUCGUUUGGUAGCUCCAUGCUCUACGGCUUCAAUCUGGCGGUGGUCAACUCUCCUGCACAGUACAUCAAACAGUUCUACAAUGAGACGCUGGUAGAAAGUUACGGCUGGAGUCCGGAUGAGGAGCUCCUCACCGUCCUGUACUCCCUCACCGUGUCCAUCUUUGCUAUCGGUGGGAUGACCGGGGCCCUGCUGGUGGGCAGACUGGUAACCAAAUAUGGAAGGAAAGGGACGCUGGUGAGAUCCACGGUGCUGGUGUUUAUAGGAGGAGCUCUUAUGGGCUUCAGCCGAGAAUGCAGAAUGCCUGCGAUGGUCAUUUGCGGACGUUUCAUAACAGGAGUACACUCAGGUAUCUCUCUAAGUGUGGUCCCCAUGUACCUCGGUGAGAUCGCCCCUAAGAACCUGCGAGGCUUCCUGGGUCUCGUCCCCAGUAUUCACAUUUGUCUCGGAGUCUUCACGGCUCAGGUCCUGGGACUCCAUGAGCUGCUGGGAAAGGAGGAGCACUGGCCUCUGCUCCUGUCUCUGGUGGUGUUUCCUACCACGGUCCAGCUGAUGCUGUUGCCAUGGUUUCCUGAGAGCCCACGGUACCUGUUGAUAGAGAAGGGAAAUAUUCACGCCACCAUCGCAGCCCUGAAGUGGUACCGUCCCAAAGGAAACAUCCAGGCGGAGGUUGAUGAAAUGCAGGAGGAGCAGCGCUCCCUGUCCUCCAUCCAGACCAUCUCCGUCCGCGGCCUGCUCAUGGACCGCUGUGUCCGCUGGCAGGUCAUCACCAUCGUGGUGGUCAACAUCGGCAUGCAGCUGUCUGGCAUCGACGCAAUCUGGUUCUACACAAAUGACAUAUUUAAGAAUGCAGGAAUCCCAGAUCCGCACAUUCAGUACACAACUGUGGGAACCGGAGCCAUCGAGGUCAUCUCUGGGAUGUUGGGGUGUUUCACCAUCGAGCGUCUGGGCAGAAGGCCUCUGAUGAUUGGCGGUUUCCUCUUCAUGAGUCUGUGCUGCGCUGGGAUCACCGUGUCUGUCCUCUUCCAGGCGGAGCUGUCCUUCAUGCGCUACAUCAGUGUGGGCUGUGUUGUUGGGAUCAUUGCUGGUUUCUGCAUCGGUCCAGCUGGUGUGCCUUUCCUGAUCACUGCAGAGCUGUUUAAGCAGUCUCAUCGACCGGCUGCCUACACGGUGGCCGGAUGCCUCAACUGGUUGUCCAACUUCACCAUCGGCUUCCUCUUUCCCUUCCUAGAGAUGACUAUGGGUCCGUACUGUUACCUGCUCUUCUGUGCGAUCUGCUUGGGAGUGGCCCUCUACACCAUCUUCGUCAUUCCAGAGACCAGGAACAAAACCUUUAUGGAGAUCAGCCAAAUGUUCGCCGUCAGGAACAAGAUCCUCAAAGAAGAGCUGACACCCAACGGGCAUCUGAAGUUGGCCAUGAUGAACGGCUAUGGAACUCUUGUCCUCGGUGACAAAUAAGAAAGGACAGAGGAGGUGGACCUGCACUGCAAAAAAGCCAACUUGUAUUUUUUGGCCUAAAACAGUGAUUUAAGUUGGUAAAACUUGGAAAUAUAAAUUAUUGACAUUUAGGGCAAUAAUGUAAGUUAGCACAACAAAGGAAGCCAGUUGUCUGCUCAAAAACAAGUUGGUGAGUUGUUGUUACUUAUAUCUUUAAGUUGGGGUUCACAACAAGGGACAAUAGUUCUGAUAACUCUUAUUUCUUUGUUAUAAAAUUCGGUCAUUAGCGAAAGCUAGCGGCUAACUGAUGCUAGCGGCUAACUGAUG